GCCGCCACGAAUGUAGCGACAAGGCGACGGAAAAGUUUGGCCGAAAUCCAAGCUCGUAGGGAACAACAAGGAGCUGCUGUGGCUGCUGCCAAGAGUGGCAUUGAACAGAAAGAGGCGGCCCAGUCUACAGCGAAACCUGGACCGAAAGGUGAUGGUGCUGCAGCUACCAAAAUUCGAAAUGCUCUUGCAAACGCAACCAAUGUUCGCAAGCCUGAAACUCCCUCUCCAAAACCGGAGGGUGAAAAGCAAAUGAAAAGAUAUGCGGGCCGACGGAAAACCCAGGAAAUUGUCAAUGAAUCAGCCGAGCCGAAGAUGAAGAAAAGGAAGCAAAUGUAUAAACGAAACCGAUUUAUCCGUGAUCCACAUGAUAUUGAUGUGUUACUUGGAUGGGACAAAGAGAACACCUUCGAAAAGUUUAAACGGCCGGGCUCCCAAACUUUUUACGUCGAACUUUUUGUUUCAUUGCUGUAA